AUGAGCCCAGAUGAACAGAAUGCUCGCCUCCUGGAUUGGCUGCAAGGGUCAGAGCAUCAUGCAGCUUCCAACUCGGCCCGUUCAAGUCGAAACAGAUUCUCGAUGACAGAGGAGCAAAGCCCGGAGCCUAGCAUAGCAAGCGACGCUGCAAACUCCUUGGAAGAUGUGCUACGCAACGAUCCAUGGACUCAUCAUGAGAUUCCAGGGACGAUCCACCUACCGGAUUCUCAUGCCUCGUCUUCUACUGUCAGUGAUAACCUUCCCACUCUGAACGUAUCGAACGAUUCUUUGGAGGCCAUUUUGCACUCUAAUGGACCGGCGAUACCGUCCAUGGUUCCGCUUUCAGAGUCAAUUUUAUCUCCCGCAGAUCCCCCAAUAGCAGAGGAAGUAUCCGUUGGAGCAGGAAGGCCUCGUACUCGGAAGAAGAAACGAACAACCCGGUUUACUUACGACAAAAUCAUCAAAAAUGCGGGGAGAGUUCUGGACCAUAUCAAGCAUGGGAAUGUUGGCAAGGACUCACGUCACAAUCGAGCCUCGGUUAUCUACUACGAUUAUACCGAUAGUUCCAGAUCCAGUGCGGUACAUAUCAAUUCUUCCGAGCGCAUACCAGAUCUGGGAUACCCACCGCCUGAUGUUCGUCUCAGACUUCUUGUUGUGGAGGAUUUAUCUACAUCGACAAUGAAUGCACUCGGGGAGACAUUUAGCAUCAACCCUGAAUUCUUCGAAGAACACUUGCUGAAUUCGGGAUAUGCGGACGCAAAUUAUGACAUGAUGCCUUCUCGGUCGUGGGCGACGGCUUCCUUGGAGAAGUCGUACUUCUCAAUAAGGUGGAUCAGGCCAGUCUAUCGGCAGCCCAUGUAUUCUUCAAGUCGCAGCAUGAAGGAUCUUGUGAAAGCCAGUACUCGUACGACGAAAAAGGUCGAUCCUGCCAAUGAAACAGGUGAUGAAGAGGAGCUGGAUCAGGGCAAUCAAAUUGGGAUGGAACAUUUUACUCCCUAUGGAGUCGUCACCACGACUGUUUCCACAAACAUUUUUCGGUCGGAUUGGCCUUUGUGGACGGACCCAGGAAAGACGGCUAAUAUGAAAAGAGAGUGUGGGUUGGAAGAAAGGCUGACAAUCUGGAAGGGGAACUUAACGGGUCGUGACUGUGAUAUCAUUAUCAUUCUCUCGGAUCCCUUACCACAGGUAAAGGAGGAUCACCCAGCGCCCGAGACCGAAGAUUAUGAUACAGAUGUCUCUGAGGCAGAUACUGACCUUGCCGAAAAGGGUCUUUCCCAUAUGUUUUAUGAAAGGCCGCCCCGCAUUGUUGGGGGUACUGUUUUGUCUAUGCCUUGGGACAACCUUUGGCUCCACCAAAAGGGCUUGUUUCUUACUAGAAGACGACCCAGGAGACCCGUUCGUACCGAGAAUGAAUCUGACGCUGGGGAGCGCGCGGAGGAUACAUUCCUUAGACAAAAGCGCGACACUGCGAAGCGCAACUCUGGCUUUCGCAAGGGCCUCACCGAUCCAUCUUCCCACAAGGUCAUCAUCAGGCAGAUUGUACCUCGAGAUAAGGUCUCAAUGGAUUUAAAUCAAGUUUUCCGAUCAAAAUCAACAGCAAAGCUUCUGGGACACAAUCUCAGUUCUCCAAAGUCGACUUCAGGCGCAAUUUGCAGUGGGCUGGAGAAAAAUACAGAGCAACUCAAUUUAGCUAAACCGCUAUUCCAAAUUAUCAAACAAGAUACUUUAUCACUUCUCAAGCAGCUAAGUCAUGUUUUUGAUGAAGUGGAAACAGGGAUUCUUGAUGAUGCCAUAAUGGAGGAUCGAUUAUCUUCAUGGCGUCGGGUCAUUGGUCGGGCCCAACGAGAAUUGCCUGAUCUUAGGGCCUCCAUGAAGCCGUUCUUUGAUUUUAUUGCUCUAUUAGAGCCUCCAGGCACCAGUAUCACUGAGGGUAGCAUGACCAACGAGCCAGAAGAGUCUGAAGACUUUCGAGAAUUCUUGAAGGAAAUCAAUCAAGCAUCUGAGCGACUCCAUCGAACAUCGGCUCUUCUUACAUCUAAUAUGGGAUUGUUGGAUAGCCGGCGCUCCAUUGACGAGGCAAGAGCUGUGAGCAGGUUGACAGAGCUUGCUUUCAUCUUCAUUCCACUCUCAUUUGCUACAUCUGUUUUCGGCAUGCAGGUCGAACCAUUUGCCGAUAACGUACCUCUUCGUUCAUUUUUUAUCGUUGCUGUCGUCGUGACAGCUUUUGCAUACUUGAUGCGAAUCACAAUGCGUAGCCGAUGGCUCGCCUAUAUGAAAAUCGUCACGAGGAGUGAGAUCCAAAAAUACGCCGACAGUCAUGGUCUUCCCACUCCAACACGGUCAAUCCCCAUUCUCCUCUCUAUACAAUGGAUAGGAAGUCGACCUCGCCCGGCUGCUAAAAUACUUCGACGAUGGAUUUUCAGAACAGCAAGGAAGGUUUGGACAAUCUUCGGCUUCAUCGUUCUGUUUGUUCUGUUGAAUGGGGCAGUAUUGGCAACACCACUCGCUCUUGUCUGGACACGAGAUCUCGACUCUAGCACACAAGGCGCCGUCACUAUUGCAGUAACCUUUAUUGUAGUAGGUUGCGUCGGAGUUCCGUUCUGGCACCGUUCUGAUUCAGAAUUCCGAUCCGCAUUCCCAAGGUGGAUCAUCGCUACUUUCAAUUUUCCAUCCUGGGCGAAGAAUAUAUGCAUCUUGUUCAUUUCCAGUGUUUUUCUUUUGAGCGUCACCUUAGUACCCAUCUGGACCAGUCCUCUUGCCUCUGGUAUCAAGGUUGGAGUGACGAUUAUGAUGCUCGUGUUAGAGAUUUUAGCUAUCGCUUUCGGGCUGUACACUAGCGCAGCUUCUUAG